UGAGUGUGCAUCCAAGAGUCAAAGUAAAACGAAUUUCCCCAGCCAUCCACCACCGUGCAGCACCAGCAAAAUCCCUUGCCCCAACAUUUUUUGUUCUAAAGAUCAAACUUCUGCUCACAAAGCCUAGAAAAAUUCGUAAAUAAGUACCACGCGUUCUUCAAAGAAAGCCUUGUAAAUCCAGAAUAAAAGAUAAAAAAGCAAAGCCUCAGCCUCUUGCUCUCAACCAGAUCAAGAAUGGCUUCAAUUUCGGUUUCCAGGUACUUCAUGGCUUUCUUCUUACUGAAUCUUUACUUGGAAGUUGUAGCUGCUGAGCCAUAUAUGUCAUUUUCUUUCAAGAACUUUGGUAAAGAUUCAAAAGAAUUUGAAUCACAGAUUGCUCUGUAUGGUGAUGCUAAGUUUUCUAAUGAUAGUAUUCAAAUUUCUGGUUCUCAGAUUUCUAGUUCUGGGAGAGUCAUUUUCAAGAAACCUGUUAAGUUUGUUGAAGGAAACCCAAGAAAUAUGGUGUCAUUCUCUAUGUAUUUUGUGUUUUCCAUGUCUAGUGAAAAUGGAGAUGGCUUGGCCUUUAUUAUAGCUCCUGUUAAUUUUCCUUGGAAUGUUUUUGAUGGUUGUUCAAUGGGGCUUGUGGGUGACAAAAAAUUAAGGUUUCUUGCUGUUGAAUUUGAUACUUUUAAAGAUGAAAAGUACGGUGAUGUGAAUGGUAAUCAUGUUGGGGUUGAUAUUGAUAGUCCUGUGUCUGCUAAAGUGAGCAAUGUUUCAUCGAUCAAUUUGGUGCUCAAUAGUGCUGAAAAAUUACAGGCCUGGAUUGACUAUGAAGCAAAUUCUAAAAGAAUAGAGUUGAGGCUAAGUAAGAUAGGUGUCGUUAGGCCAGUCGACCCAUUGCUUUCUUAUCCUAUUGACUUGUCACAAAUGUGGGAAAAUGAGGAUGUUUUAGUGGGAUUGAGUUCAUCUAGUGGGAAUUCAUCGCAAAAGAGUAAUGUGCAUUCAUGGAGUUUUAGGUCAAGAACUGUUCCACAUUGGAUGCAUUCAGAACCAAUGGACCCCGAGUCUUUUGUGGAUAAGGAAGAAGAACUGAAUGUUCGUAAGAGAAGUGAUUGUGUCGUGAGAAUACUUGCUGCCUUAAUUUUUGGCACUGGAUGUGGAGCAUUAGGAGCAUUCACUGUGUUGUUUGUUUGGACUAUCCUGGCAAAUAGGCGCCCUGUGGUGCCGGAGGAAUAUGUUGUGCGACCGAAGGAAUAUGCUUUGCAGCCAAAGGAAUUUCAGUACAAAAAGUUCAAUGUUGCUGUAGACAAGGCAAUUGAAGAUGGUAAGUAGGUGUUGGGCUUGGAGAUCAGUUGGUGUGCCUUUUGUAUGUAAAUCCCGUUCAUUUUUGUACAUGCAUGUUUCGAUUUAGUGGUGCUGUAAUUUAAUGAUCAAGCAUUCAAGUGUAGUUAUGAUCAUCAAAAUACAGCCUCGGAUGGGGAACAUGGAAUGUUAACUCUGAACAUUUCC